AAACGGGUGCCCCCGAAACUUGAACCUCCAAAAUCCCAUUUCUUCUUUAUAGUCUCGGCCUUCCUUGACAAAGCCCCAAGUCGGCAAUCUUGAGCCAUCAUCGUUUGGUGUGGUGGUGCCGGUGGGGGCCAGUGGUGGCGUUUGUUGGGAAGCAAAAGACCCUUAAAACGGCGGCGUCAACUCACAUGACGUUUGCUUUCGCAUUUCACGAAAACGACACAGUUUCAUUUACAAUAAUACCCAACACAAUCUGAGCCCUCCAUUUAUUUUUUUCACAACCCGGAUCCUUCUUUCCUCAAGUACUUUCGGAGUCUUUAAUGUGACACUGACAGCUUCUUCCUAUUCUCUCUUGUUCAGCUUCUUUGCUUGUUAGGAGAGUAGUACUCUCGAACACGUUUUUAGCUUAACUUGGUGAUUGGAGUUUAGUGUUUGCUCUAAUAUUGGUGGUGGGUUUUUGGGUCUUUGAAUCUUUGAAUCUGAAAGUUUAAUGAUUUGAAUUGGUGAUUUGAAAGUUUUGGUUCCAAUAUUGUAGUUUGAGCAGCAAAGAAAAGAUGGGUUUGGGUAUUUCAGUUUUGAUAGGAUUCAAGGCAGCUGUUAUGUUCCUGUUCUUUGCACACCUUAGAAGCUUGGGUUUUACAUUGUUAUCAAUGCCAUUCUUGUAUACCUCUUUGAUAUCUUUGUUAAUUUCUAUUGCUUCGCAUCCUUCUGUUGAUCUUCCCAUGCUCUUGGGCAAGAACCCAGAUGGGAGCUUCUCCAUUUGGUCCAUAAUUAUGUUCAGCCCUUACUUGAACUUCGUUCGAGCUUUCUCAGCAUUGCGGAGAUUGGGAAGUGGGGAAGCCCCUUAUACUGAAAUUUGUGAGGGAUUAUACGUUGGCGGAUGGCCUUCUUCGCCGGAUAAAUUGCCGCCCGGUAACCCAGCUGUCGUCGAUUGUACUUGUGAAUUGCCAAGAAGGCUGGAAUUCUCGGGGCAUGCCUAUUUGUGUAUCCCAACUUGGGAUACGAGGAGUCCUCAGCCGGCUGCUAUCGAGGCUGCUGUUCAGUGGGCUUGUCGAAAGAGAGCUCAGAACAGGCCUGUGUUCAUCCACUGUGCAUAUGGCCAUGGAAGAAGUGUUGCUGUCAUGUGUGCUCUAUUAGUGGCUCUAGGCGUGGUGGAAGAUUGGAAAAAGGCCGAAAGGCUAAUCCAAGAAAGACGCCCUUAUAUUCGGAUGAACGCACUCCAUCGUGAGGCCCUAGAAGAAUGGUCAAAAGACCGAAUAUCUUCUCCUAUGAAGAGCAGAGAAAGGGUUAUAAGUCCAGUAAUUCUGUCCAACUCUUCUGGUUAGACUGCUAAGAAAAAUGAAUGACAUGCUCCCUUCAUCACAUUAACUAUUAUUUUGUAUUCCACAGGAAACAUCCAUCUCUUGCAUAUGAAUUACUGGUAUCACUUUGAUUCUAAUUUGAUUGUGUGUUAUGAAAAAUUCAAAUUUUAAUUA